UUUUGACACUAGAAAUAUUUUCAUUGCAGUUCCAAAGGGGGUUUGUGAAGUUUUCCAAUAACAUUGAUGUUUUGAAAUCUUUAGAUUUUGAUGGUUUGGACCCUGAUCUUGUUAAAAGUUCUUUCUAGAAAAAACUGUGAUUUGCUGAACAGCUGUGCAAGUGUUGGAAAUGCUAGUGCUCAGUACUUGCUUGCAAAGGUCCUUCUCUUGAGAUGGCAAGAGACGGGAGAGAAUAAUCCAGAGUGGCAGCUGGUGAGGCCAUUUUUGUCUCAGUGCAGUAUGUGUGAUUUCUAUAAAAUGGGUCCAGUUUUGUUCCUUUAUUUGGCAUGCAUUUAUGGCAAUAACUUUAUUGAAGAGAUCUUUCCUUAUUUGUAUAAGAUGAAAACUGGUUGUAGCAAACAUCUGGAAUUUGAGAAAUCCAUCCAAUCAGUUAAACAUCAGAUAUCAAGGUUUUGUGCUAGGAAUAUAAAGCAAUUGUAAGGGAAUUGGACGAGUAUGAGAAGAUCAAGGAAGCAUCUGCAAAUUUUGAAGAAAGUCGACCCAGCAUAUAUUCUUCCUUUCAAUUUAUUGCAGAAGGCUGUACCAACCAAGUCUUGCAUGAAAGCUUUUUACAAUUCUUGAGGUUGUUGGUCUCUCAAUGCAACAUUCAAGACUUCUUCAGAUUGUACCCAAGUAUGACUAAUUUCUUUGACUACGUCUAUGGUCCUGGAUUACCUGAGCAAGUUAAAGAUCUCUACUCUCAUCUGAGUGAUAUAUACAGAAAUUGUGGAGAAAUAUAUAAUGGGAUAUGGUAUGAUAUCUUCCAAUUUCAAAAACUGGUGCAUCAAAUGGAAAAUUUGUUUAGGAGGCAUGGCGAAUUGGUAAAGGAAUUGGAAGUAAACAAGAAGAAGAACAAGAGCAAUGAAGUAGCUGCAAGGUUUGAAGUAAAACCAUCCAAUAUAAUUUCAGCUUUUGACCAUAGGAAUUCUCAUUGUUAAUUUGAUGGAAUGUGCAGCAGUUGGUUUGGUGUUUGUUCGAGGUGAC